AUGGGGAGCAUGCAGGAGCAGAUCCCUAAAGGAAAAGGCCCUUAUUCUGUUGGAUGUACAGACCUCAUGACUGGGCUUGGCAUUGAGGGAAGCUUUUUGCGACUAUAUUACCCAUCCCAAAAUGACCCAAGUUGUGAAGAAACAAUAUGGAUUCCCAAGAAAGAAUAUUAUUAUGGGCUAUCUAAGUUCCUUAACUUGUGUCGGACCGUAGGAGAGUUUGUUUUUGCAUGCUAUGUCGGCGCUGUGACUUGUCCUGCCAAAUGGAAUGCUGCAUUCAAGCGUGGAGAAAGAUACCCCCUCAUUAUUUUUUCCCAUGGACUCGGAGCUUUCAGAACUAUGUAUUCAGCAAUUUGCAUUGAAAUGGCAUCUCAGGGGUUUCUUGUUGCGGCUGUUGAGCACAGAGACCAGUCCUCUUCAGCUACGUAUUACUAUAAGAAGAAUCCCACUUCAGCAACGGGAGGAGCGGCCUCAGAAUUGCACGAGGAAUGGAUUUAUUACAAGAAAUUAAAGGCAAAUGAAGAUGAAGUUUCUUUCCGUCGGCUGCAGGUGCAGCAGAGAGCAGAGGAGUGCAUCAGAGCCCUUAACCUCUUGCUGGAUGUUAAUUCUGGGAAGCAAGUCGCGAACUUGCUGCCCAUGAGCUUUGACUGGACCCCUGUAAAGGACUCCAUUGACGUUCAUAGGAUAGCAGUGAUGGGGCACUCUUUUGGGGCUGCUACAGCCAUUGAGACCCUUAGCAAAGAUGCACGAUUCAAGUGUGGCGUGGCCCUUGAUGCUUGGAUGCUGCCGCUCUGUGACGAAGUAUAUCCCAGAGUUCACCAACCCUUGCUAUUUAUUAAUUCAGAAAAAUUCCAGUGGGCGUACAACAUCUUAGAAAUGAAGAAACUUGACUCCACUGACCUGGAGAGAAAAAUGAUCACUAUCAAAGGCACAGUGCAUCAGAAUUUUCCAGACUUUACAUUCCUGGCUGGCAGCAUCGUUGGAAAGAUUUUUGGACUCAAGGGAGAAACGGAUUCAAAUGUGGCCAUUGAUAUUAGCAAUAAAGCUUCAUUAGCUUUUUUACAAAAACAUUUAGGUCUCAAGAAAGACUUCGAUCAGUGGAAUCCACUCCUAGAAGGCAAAGGCCUUAAUGUCAUUCCUGGCACGAACGUUGAGUUGCCUCAAAUGCCACCUCAGCCAAAACAAUAAAGGGUGCACUGAAAAAUAUUGUGCCUCGGCACGGUGCUGCUUCCACCCAGUAGCUGCUUCCUUGCUGAUUGCACAGAAUUGAAGAUGAGAAUUUAAGGAAGACCGGUCUGUAACCUGCUUGGGCAGCUGCACAGAGUUGCACUGUGAUAUCAUUAGGAUAGUAUUUGUAAGGUGUUGCCACUUCUGAAGCUUCUUUCAUAAUGCUGUAGGACUGAACACCAACAACACCCAAGGAUGGCUGUUUCUGGUAAAAUAAGGGGCAUCGACCCAGCCACGUAGUUGCAAAAUGGAAGCCACUGAACUUUUUUCCGUGGCUUAAAGGGGAGAUCCAUUUCUGUUGGUAGCUGAAGAAUACAGGUUUCGUGCAGUUUGGCCUGAAAGGCUUUCCCUUCAGUGCCAUUCGCAGAAAGCUAAUGCCAGAAGUUGUCACAAGUUCCAGUUCUAUUCAUCACCACUGCCAUGAGUCUUUUCAGUCAGGACAGUAUGAACCUCCACCCCCAUCUUCACUUGGAACUUGGCCCUGCGAAACAGCCGAUGAAAGGGGUCAGCUAGAACUUCAUCUUCAGGCGGAGCGAUACUAAAUUUGAGGAUGAUCUAGACUAUCAUUUAGGAAGAAGUAACUUAGCAGGACAUGCACAUAAGCAGAUUGUGAGCAGAAACACCAGCAAACAGAAGUGAUACUGGUGACUAGCUUACCCAGUAGUUACUAUGAGCAUACCAUGGCAAGUUUUGACUUGGAAAAUAGUCAUCUGCAUUUGUCCUGUGUUUUUGUACUUGAUCCUGGAUAGUGUUGCUGGUUUCUAAACGGUUUUAUUGUAGUCCAGUUGCCCAUCCUGUUACCAGUUUUGACCUAUAGAAAUGGCAUUUUUUACUUCUAAUUUAAGUGUUCACAUUGUUGCUGCUCAUUGUAGGCACUUCUUCCCUAAAAUACUGCUCUUAUUGUUAAACAAGACCAGCCCUUGGUCUAGCUUGGACCCGUACAUGAAGGAGUUAAACGUGCCUGAGCAAGCGGUUUCUUAAUGUCUGGAGGAACUGGUGGGACUUGUGGAACUUCCAUUCUAAGAAAUAUAAAAAGCAAUGUUCAUAAAACAGCUGAGCUUUUAAAGUUUUUCUAGUUUCAGAAAUCGCACACUCAGGAGGGUGAAAGCUUGUCAAAAUUCAGUAUUGACUUCCUCUAUGAUACAAAUACUUUUUGGAUUAGCUUUUCCUUUAUGUGUUGAUCACUGUGAUGAUGCCAAGAUGAACAGUACCAUAACCUGUGUAACUAUUUGUCAGUAUUAAAAAAAUUAAAUAUA